GGAAGACUCAGAGGCACUGCAUCAAUAUCUGAGUGAGCUGAAAACAGACUUGGCCGUGGAGUACCAAGUCAUGCUCCAAAAAGACCAGCUGGACAGGAAGAGGUUUUUGAACAGGUUUACUCGGGUAAAGUGGGAGCUAGAGGAGCUCAUAGGAAAGCUCCACGCACUCGCAGACAAGGUUGACAAGAUCCACAGGGACUGCACCAUCUCCAACAUUGUGGCCAACUCCACUGGCGCUGUGUCUGGUGUCCUGACCAUACUUGGCCUGGCUUUGGCACCCAUGACAGCGGGGGCGAGUCUGGCACUCUCGGCCACUCGGUAAGGGCUGGGAGCAGCGGCUGCUGUAACCAGUGUGUCCACCAGCAUCGUGGAACUCGUCAGUACGUUGUCAGCAAAAACCGAAGUCAGUCGCCUGAUGUCAACGGCGCUCCUGGAGGCACUUAAGAUCAGCCCCCAAGCUGUUAGCACAACAAAGAAAUUCACAGAAGCUGUGCAACGCAUUGAAAUGAAUAUCCGUGCCAUGGAGACGGUCAAAAGCAACCCUGGCUUAGCAGCCGAUGCAAACGUCUUCGUCAGCAGUGGAAUAAUCUCAGUCCAAAGCAGCCAGCAGGAAGAGGUUACUGUCAAAGGCACGGCUCUGGCAAUGACCAAAGGAGCCCGGACUGUGGGUGCGGGCACUGCAGGUGUCUCCCUUCUGAUGGAAGUGGCCUUCCUGGUGAAAGAGGCAAGGCACUUGCAUGAGGGGGCAAACGCAGAGUCGGCAAGGCACUUGCAUGAGGGGGCAAACGCAGAGUCGGCUGAAAGGCUGAGGCAGCAGCUCAGCUGGGCUCCAGAUGCCCGACUUCCCUUCCCCGGGAGCCUGACUUCCAGGAGCUCAGGGAGCAAGUCCUCCAUCGCUCCUCCUGCUGCCCACUGGGCUCCCAUCCAGUCAUCUCCCUCAGACCCUGAUGCCCUGCAGGCCCCACUGGGACACCUAGGGGAGCCCGUGCACAUCUGGCUUGGACUGAGCAUAGACUCGGUCUGGGCAGUGAUUCAGGUACUGAGUGAUGGAGCCAUUCAGUAUCCACCACCUUGUCCCCCCAGACCCUUAGAUCUGGACCCCAUUGUGCUCAAUGUGCCUUUAUGCAAUUCCACUGUGACCCCUAUGUCAGGUGUUGGUUCCAAGCAAUAG